UAAGUUCCGUAACUCCGUACAUUUUCAAACGAAAGGUGUGUUAUUGUCAGCUGUAUAACCCUGGAACGAGACACAAUCACGACUGAUUCCCCUGAAAAAAAGGUUAGACGAGACUGGCCAAGAUGGGUGACGAUUCUGAGUGGAUGAAAUUGCCUGUAAACCAGAAAUGCGAACACAAGGUGUGGAAGGCCAGACUUCACGGGUACGAGGAGGCCAUAAAACUGUUCCGGGGGAUAGAUGGCGAGAAGAGCCCGGAGUGGGACAAGUUCCAGCCUCUCAUAGUGAAGUUUGUGACGGACUCAAACGCUGUGGCCCAGCUGAAAGGACUGGAGGCGGCGCUGGUUUACGUAGAGAACGCUUACGUAGCUGCGAGGACUGCAGGGGAGGUGGUGAGCGGAGUGGUCUGCAAGGUGUUUAACCAGCCCAAGGCCCGGGCCAGGGAGCUGGGAGCAGACAUCUGCCUCAUGUACAUAGAAAAAGAAAAGGCAGAAGCUGUCCAGGAGAAUCUAAUCAAAGGUCUAGAGAACAAAAACCCCAAGACGGUGUGUGGCUGUGUGGAGGCCCUACGCAGAGCUUUGGGUGAGUUUGGGUGCAAGACGGUGGGCCUGAAGGCUGUGGUGAAGGCGCUGCCCCGGCUGUUUGAGUCCAGAGAGAAGGCAGUGCGAGAUGAGGCCCGCGGGCUGGCAGUGGAGGUGUACCGCUGGAUUGGGGGCGCGCUGCGGCCUGCCCUGCAGGGGGUCAGCCCGGUGCUGCUCCGGGAGCUGGAGGAGGAGUGGGCCAGGCUGCCGGCCACGCCCGCCACACAGACCCGCUUCCUGCGCUCCCAGCAGCACCUCCGGGACGCCUCGCUCCAGCAGCACCAGCAGGCUGAGGCAGGGCCCCAUCAGGCCGACGGUGUGGGGACAGAACAGUGUGUCCCUGACGUUGACCCCUUUGAGCUCCUGGAGCCAGUAGAGAUCCUCUCCAAGCUGCCCAAAGACUUCCACGACAAGAUAGAAGCCAAGAAGUGGCAGGACAGGAAGGAGGUGCUGGAGGCCCUGGCAGGGCUGGCGAAGAGCCCCAGGCUGGAGGUUGGAGACUAUGGGGAUGUGGUGCGAGCGCUGAAGAAGGUCAUUGCUAAGGAUACAAACGUCAUGCUGGUCGCUCUGGCGGUGAAAUGUGUCUCUGGUCUGGCCUCCGGGCUGAGGAAGAAGUUCAGCACCUAUGCUGGCCAUGUGGUGCUGACGGUGCUGGAGAAGUUUAAGGAAAAGAAGCCUCAAGUGGUCCAGGCUCUGCAGGAGGCCAUGGAUGCCAUCCUCCUCACGACCUCUCUCCAAAGUCUGAGUGAGGAUGUUCUGGCUGUGAUGGACAACAAGAACCCUUCAGUGAAGCAGCAGGCCUCUCUGUUCCUGGCCAGAAGCUUCCGUGCCUCCAGCCCCUCCUCCCUCCCCAAGAGCCUCCUCAAGCCUCUCUUCGCUGCUCUGAUCAAGCAUGUGAACGACUCUGCACCUGAGGUGAGGGAUGCUGCCUUCGAUGCACUGGGCAGCGCCAUGCGCGUGGUGGGGGAGAAGGCGGUCAACCCCUUCCUGGCAGACCUAGACAAACUGAAAGUAGACAAGAUCAGAGAAAGUGCUGCCGCGUCUGGAGGGGGGGAGGAGGACAAGUCUGUCAGCCAGACCGGGCCCCCCACUGGGGUCCCUGCCAAGACAACACGGCCCUCCAACCAGGCCCCUGCAGCCGAGCCUGCUGGGGGUCCUGGGAAGGCCAAGCCAGGAGGAGCAGGGAAGAGGAGGAAGCCGGCUGUGCCCAAGGAGCCGGCUGUGCCCAGGGAGCCGGCUGUGCCCAGGGAGCCGGCUGUGCCCAGGGGCCUCCAGGAGUCUGAGCUCUCCCUGGAGGAGUGUGAGGAGCUGGCCACAGCAGUACUUCCUGCUUCCUGUGUGCAGCUGCUGGGCAGCGCCAACUGGAAGGAGCGCCUAGCCAGCAUGGAGGAGUACCUCCAGGCUGUGGAGCAGAUGGACAGCAGCCAGAUGCCCUGCCAAGCGCUGGUCCGCAUGUUGGCCAGGAAACCCGGCUGGAAGGAGACUAACUUCCAGGUGAUGCAGCUGAAGCUGCGGGUGGUGGAGGCGGCGGCCCGGCGGGGGGUGUUCUCGCGGGCGGCUGCGGGGGCCGUGCUGGCCGUGCUGGUGGAGCGCCUGGGUGACGCCAAGUGUGGAGGUUCUGCCAGGGAGGCGCUCAGCUCUGUAGCAGAGGCCUGUAGUCUGGCCUGGACCGCACAACAGGUCGUGUCGAUGGCGUUUGCCCAGAAGAGCCCUAAGAGCCAGUGUGAAGCUCUGAGCUGGAUUGCUGGUGCCAUGAAGGAGUUUGGCUUUGCAGGGAUCAAUGUUCAGACCCUCAUCAUCCACAUCAAGACAGCGUUAGGAGCCCCUAACAGAGCAGUGAGGACAGCUGCCGUGGUCCUGCUGGGUGUGGUGUUCCUGUACUUGGGUCCUCCUCUGAGGCUCUUCUUCCAGGAAGAGAAGGCAGCGCUCCUCUCCCAGAUAGACGCAGAGUUCCAGAAGAUGCAGGGCCAGAGUCCCCCAGCUCCUUCCAGAGGCACCCCCAAGAGGCCUGGAGGUCAGGAGCAGGAGGGGCAGGAACAGCCGGAGGAGGAGCAGGAGGAGGAGGGGGGUGCUGGGGGGCUGGUGGAUCUACUCCCUCGUACAGACAUCAGUGCUCAGAUCUCUGCGGCCAUGCUGUCCAAGAUGGCCGACAAGAACUGGAAGGUCCGUAAGGAGGGUCUGGACGAGGUGGCCGCUGUGAUCUCAGAGGCCAAGCUCAUUCUGCCCAGUCUGGGGGAUCUGCCCGCGGCUCUGAGGGCCAGGCUGAGCGACUCCAACAAGAUCCUGGUCCAGCAGACUCUGUCCAUCAUGCAGCAAAUGGCCUCUGCCAUAGGCCCCGCCCUCAAACAGCACAUCAAGACCCUGGGAACCCCUGCCAUUACUGUCCUGGGAGACAGCAAGGUGGGCGUGCGUGCGGCGGCGCGGGCCACGCUGAGCAGCUGGGAGGAGCAGACAGGCUUCAGGGCGUGGCUGGAGGGGGAGGAGCUAGCUGCAGAACUGGGGAGGGAAAACCCCUUCCUCCGCCAAGAGGUCCUGGGCUGGCUGGCUGCCAGUCUGCCCCCCCUGCGCUCCGCACCCCCUGACCUCCAGCUGUGCGUGCCUGCCCUGUACGCCUGUGCAGAGGACAGGAACCCAGACGUGAGGAGGGGGGCUCAGGAGGCACUCCCAGCCUUCAUGACUCACCUGGGCUUCGACAGGAUGACCAAAGCUGCUGCCAAGCUCAAGCCAGCCUCCAGAGACCAGGUGGUGGCUCUUUUGGAGAAAGCUAGAGUUGCCAUGGCAGCACAGGCUCCCCCUGCCAAGCCUACUGCCCCCCCUCCCCCAGCCAAGCCUGCAGCUACCAGACCCAGCCAGCCCUCCACCAGACCCAGCCUGCCCUCCAGCCAGGAGCCAGAGUCCAGAGCAGAGCCCAGACCCAAAGCAGCCGGCAAGCCCAAGGUGCAUGCUGGGAAGAAAGCAGCAGGGAAGGCCAGGGAGGAGGAGGAGCAGGAGCACUCAGGACCCAUGUUCAUCCUGCUGCCUGGGGGCAAGGAGCUCCGUGCCAGGGACGAGAAAAACCUCAAGGUGCUAAAGUGGAGCUUCCCCUCUCCUCGGGAGGAGCAUGUGGAGCAGCUGAAGGUUCAGAUGUCUCCCUGCGUGGCUCGCUGGAUGCUGGAGGAACUCUUCCACCAUGACUUCCAGCACCACAUCAGAGCCAUCAGCUGCAUGAUCGAGCGCCUGGAGCUGGAGAAGGAAGCCAUGGUCUCCUGUCUGGAUCUGCUCCUCAAGUGGUUCACCCUGAGGUUCUCUGACACCAACAGCAGUGUGCUGAUGAGGGCCGUGGACUUCCUGAAGCUGCUGCUGCCCUGCCUGGCCCACAUGGGCUACCACCUCAACCAGCUGGAGGCCUCAGCCUUCAUACCCUACCUGGUCCUCAAGGUGGGGGAGUCUAAAGACGGGGUACGUAAGGAUGUGCGGAGCAUACUGAGCAUGCUCUGUAAGGUCUACCCUGCCAGCAAGAUCUUCCCCUUCCUCAUGGAGGGAACCCGCUCCAAGAACUCCAAGCAGAGGGCUGAGUGUUUGGAGGAGCUGGGCUGUCUGGUGGAGCUGUAUGGUCUGACCGUGUGCCAGCCCAGCGCGCCGCGCUCUCUGAAGGACAUCGCUGUACACAUCAAUGACAGGGACGCCUGCGUCCGCAACGCAGCCCUCAACACCAUGGUGGCCGUCUACAACGUCUGUGGAGAGCAGAUCUAUAAGCUGAUAGGACACUUGUCUGAUAAGGACAUGAGCAUGUUGGAGGAGAGGAUCAAGCGUUCAGCUAAGAAGACCCCCCCUGUCCCUUCCACCGCCCCGCCCUCCAAACAGGGGGAGGACAAGGCCCCGCCCCCUCACCCCAAUGCCAGUCUCCUACGCAAACCCAGCGAGCAGCCCGCCAGCAAGCUACGUCAGAUCCGGGCGCAGAGUGCUGAGCAGCAGGCCCCGCCCCCCCCAGCAGAGUUCAGUCUGGACGUGCAUCUCCUGGAGCAGAGUGGCAGCCCUGUCAGAGAGAUGCCAGAACUGUACCAGCCCAGCCCGGACCACCUGCAGACCCCUGCCAGCAUGCGGAGUUUCCUAUCCAGGCCCCGCCCACUCCCUGUCUGCCAGGAGGAGCUCCGCCCCAGCCCCGCCUACAGCAUCAACCUGGUCAUCUCCCAAGUGGCGUCUGGAGACUUAAACACCAGCCUGCAGGCCCUGGAGCAGAUGCAGCUGGCCCUGCGGAGGCCCGGGGUGAUGGAGGGCCUGUCAGACCAGCUCCUGCAGGCCUGCUGUCUGCAGCUCCGCCUGGCUCGCUCCUCUCACCUGGCCAACCAGCGCACGCCUCCCGCCCUGGUCACCCAGCUCUGCAGCCGCCUACUGGACUGCAUGUUCACGCUGCUGGGUGUCCCCUCCCUGGCGUGCGAGGUGUCUGUGGCGGUGCUGAGGGAGGUGGUGGAGGAGCUGCUGGCUGUGCUGCUGGAGCCCAGCGUGGCUCUGCUGGACCAGGGCAGUGUGCUGCUGGAAGCCAACCAGGUGCUGAGCCUGCUGCUGGAGAGGGCCGACCGGACCCGCAUCCUCAGCUCUCUGCUGGUGCUGAUGCAAGAGAGUUUGGAGUCCUCGUCGACCUCCAAGUUCUCUGAGCUGGUCAUGAAGUGUGUAUGGAGGGUGAUCAGGUUCCUCCCAGCCUCGGUGGAAGCCCUGGAUCUGGACCAGACCCUGCUGGCGCUCCAUAACUUCAUGAUGGUGUUCACCAGAAAGCGUCUGCGAGGGCUGACCUCUGACCUGCCCUACCGCACCCUCAAAACCCUGCUGCACACCCUCUACAAGUGUACUGGCCCCCAGAUCCUGGAGCACCUGAGUCUGGUGCAGGACAGGAGAGCGUCCGGUCUGGAGACUCACCUGAAGAUGCUGCUGUCAGCAGGACCCAGAGACGCCUCACUGUACAAGGAGAGACACGAGAACAUUCUGAAGAUCUUCAACAAGAUCACCUCCCAGGAGAACUGCACCCAGGGUCUCUCUGAGCUGGCUGUGUUCCGGCAGCACCAUACAGAGGUGGACCUGACCCCCCACCUGAGGGCACUGCCUGCCCCCCUCCAGACCCUCGUACAACACAGCCUCAAGAGGACACCUGCUGCUGCUGGUGGCCCCGCCCCCCAGCCCAGUGGAGGGGAGAAGCCUAAACCAUCUGAAUACCAGGAGAGUGCUCUCAGACCGCUGCAGGAGAGCACCAUCCAGGCCCCCCUGCUCUCCAUCUCCAUGCUCUGCCAGGCCUCCCAGCUCCCAACACUCCACCAGGCCCCCCCCACGCCUGCCGCCAGCAGCCUGGAAGACCUGCGGAGGAAACUGCAGCGCAUCAAGGAGAACCACUAACACCCACCCACGAGGUGUUCCUUAUGCUUGUCAUUCUUCUGUGCUGUCAAACUUUUUGUAAAUGUUUUUAAAUAAUUAAAACGGCUGUGACGUA